AUGUUGAUGGCAGGACAAAGGGGCACCUGGACCAUGAGCGAUGUGGUAGAGAAGAGUUUGGAAGGGCCUCUGGCACCUUCUACAGAUGAGCCCUCCCAGAAAAGGGGAGAGCUGGUAGAAAUCUUAAAUGGGGAUAAGGUAAAAUUUGACGACACGGGACUCUCCUUAAUUCUGCAGAAUGGCCUGGAGACCCUCCGUGUGGAAAACUCUCUGACAGAUGUCAUCUUGUGUGUGGACAUUCAGGAAUUCUCCUGCCACCGCGUGGUGCUUGCCGCCGCCAGCAACUAUUUCAGGGCCAUGUUCUGCAACGAUUUAAAGGAAAAGUACGAGAAGAGGAUCAUUAUCAAAGGGGUCGACGCUGAGACCAUGCACGUUCUUUUGGACUACACGUACACCAGCAAGGCGCUGAUCACCAAGCAGAACGUCCAGCGGGUCCUGGAAGCUGCUAACCUCUUCCAGUUCCUGCGGAUGGUCGAUGCCUGUGCCAGCUUCCUCACAGAAGCCUUGAACCCAGAAAAUUGUGUUGGAAUACUGAGGCUGGCGGACACACACUCCUUGGACAGUCUAAAGAAGCAGGUUCAAAGUUACAUCAUCCAAAACUUUGUGCAGAUUCUGAACUCUGAGGAGUUCCUCGAACUUCCUGUGGACACUCUGUACCACAUCUUGAAGAGUGAUGACCUUUAUGUGACGGAGGAGGCGCAGGUGUUUGAGACUGUGAUGAGCUGGGUCCGGCACAAACAGUCGGAACGACUCUGCUUGCUCCCCUAUGUCCUGGAGAACGUGCGCUUGCCGCUUCUGGACCCGUGGUACUUUGUGGAGACGGUGGAAGCAGACCCUCUCAUCAGGCAGUGCCCGGAGGUCUUCCCGCUGCUCCAGGAAGCCAGGAUGUACCACCUUUCUGGCAAUGAGAUCAUUUCGGAGCGCACGAAACCCAGGAUGCAUGAGUUCCAGUCUGAGGUGUUCAUGAUCAUUGGCGGCUGCACAAAGGAUGAACGGUUUGUGGCAGAGGUAACCUGCCUGGACCCCCUGAGGCGCAGCCGCCUGGAGGUGGCCAAGCUCCCGAUGACGGAGCAUGAGCUGGAGAGUGAGAAUAAGAAAUGGGUGGAGUUUGCAUGCGUGACAUUAAAAAAUGAGGUCUACAUAUCAGGUGGUAAAGAAACACAGCAUGAUGUUUGGAAAUAUAAUUCUUCAAUCAAUAAAUGGAUUCAGAUUGAGUAUUUGAACAUAGGCCGCUGGAGGCAUAAGAUGGUGGUGUUGGGUGGCAAGGUCUAUGUGAUGGGCGGUUUCGAUGGCUUGCAGAGGAUCAACAACGUGGAGACCUACGACCCCUUCCACAACUGCUGGUCAGAGGCCGCGCCCCUCCUUGUCCAUGUCAGUUCCUUCGCAGCCACCAGCCAUAAGAAGAAGCUCUAUGUGAUUGGGGGAGGGCCCAAUGGGAAACUGGCCACAGACAAGACUCAGUGUUAUGACCCUUCAACCAAUAAGUGGAAUUUAAAGUCACCUAUGCCAGUGGAGGCUAAGUGCAUCAAUGCAGUGAGUUUCCGGAACCACAUCUAUGUUGUUGGCGGGGCCAUGAGAGCGCUGUACGCCUACAGCCCUCUGGAGGACACCUGGUGCCUGGUGACCCAGCUCAGCCACGAGAGAGCCAGCUGCGGCAUCGCGCCCUGCAACAACCGCCUCUACAUCACGGGGGGGCGCGACGAGAAGAACGAGGUCAUCGCCACGGUGCUGUGCUGGGACCCCGAGGCCCAGAAGCUGACGGAGGAGUGCGUCCUGCCCCGGGGGGUGUCGCACCACGGCAGCGUCACCAUCAGGAAGUCGUACACCCACAUCCGGCGGAUCGUCCCGGGAGCGGUGUCUGUGUGACUGCGGAGGCGGGAGGACCACGCGGGGAGCCGGACAGCGGGCCGGAGACCCUCCUCCUCACCUCUCCCCCGUGGCCGUCCCGCUUCAGACAGCGGGCUGGGCUUGAGGUUUAGGCCAUACACCAGGGGCUUCCCGCGGCUCCCCGUGGGGGUUCCUUGGAAGUCACACUUGAGACUAGCCAGGAAUGUUUGCAUGACCUACCUCAGGAGGGAAAAAGAGCAAUAUUGAACAUUCAGGACGCACCUGCCCCACACUGUGUUCAAUGCCAGGCACCUUUGUGUAUCAGUUCACUUAACCAUCAUGGUGACCUGGUGACUGGCUGUUAUUACUCCUGUUCUACGGGUGAGGAAACCAAGUUUCAGAGAGACCAAGCGAUUUGCCCCAGGUCAGCAAAUAGUAAGGCAGGAGUCUAAAACCCAGGUCUGUCCAUUUCAGAGUCAGUGCCCUUUCUGCCAAGCUGCCUAUCUCUGAGCAGGAAAAGAAAACAAACUUGGCUCAUUUUCGUUCUGACAAGUUUGCUGAAGGAUUCACUCAGCAAGGCAGGGAAAUAAAGGUGUUUCUUUUUUAUUUUCUUUUUGUUUUUCCUUAUAUUUAAACCACAUGGAGUCCUUGGUGUGAGAGCCUUGGGCUCCUUGUCAACAACAUCUGGUAGAUUCUUCCAUCCGACAGGUCUGGGGAGGUGGGGCUGGGAGGGGCUGUUUGCUUUGAAAGAGACAAAAGACUUCUGUCCUCCUUAUCAGAAGCCUCUAUUUUUUAUGCUCACAGGAGGCUCACCCUGGACUAAAGCUGUCAGUGCCAGACAGAAUUGCACCUUUGGCACAGUCCAGUGUCUUGACCUCUUAAUGUCCAAUGGUUGUAUUGCAAUGUAGAAAAGAGGUUUGCAGAGACUCAGAAUACUAUUUUUUUUUAAAAUGUGAACAUCCGUACCCUGCUGGCUGUGGCAGAGUGAUCGACUCUUCUUGACAGGAUACGUUCUACUUUUUACACAGUGAUUUGGGUCCAUGUUCCUGAGACCCCUCCCCCGCCCCCCUCCUCCUGGAGCCUUAGUUUUCAAGAUCCUUUGAAGACUUUCUGUUUGGUUUUUGGAUCAGCUAGGCACAACUUUGACUCAAAGAACAGAGUCUGUCGUUCAGUCCAAGAGAUAGAGCUUUCAGAUGAACUCACUGGAAAUUCAUUCUAAUCCCCAAGUUGGGGAAACAGAUUAAGAGAUCCUGUUUCAUAUGCUGUAUUUAAAAAGCAACAACAAUGGUAACAACAUAGUAACCGCAUUACCCAAUGUGCUUUAUUCCCAUCGUAUGAUUUCAGAUCUCUCCACAGAGUUUUAUUUCAUGUCAGAUGUGGCGUACUGUGCUUGUGCUUCUCAGCAGUUUGGGAAGUUAGAGGUAUUAGAGUUGAUAGUAAAUUUAAUUUUCAUAGAAAAGUUAUGGUUAGAAGAAGCUAAUGUUCAAAGCAGAUAAAAAAAAGACUUGGAAAAUUACAAGUGAGGUUUCUGUCUAUGCUUAGAUCAUUGAGAAUAAAUAUAAAUCACGUUGGUGCAUGAAACGCUCUGUGCCUUAGGGUCAGGUGUGGUAGUUCAGCUCCCUGCUAUGAAAAGUGAGAUGGGAAAAUACAAACACAUUUGAGGAAAUGUAGAACGUAUACAUCGCUCACUCUUGAGCGCUGACGACCUUAAUGAAGCUCUCAACGGGAACACUUUAAUCUAGUUCAAUUCAGCAAACAUUCAAAGAGUUCUUUUUGUUGGUCAUGCCUUGGAGACACCAAUGAAUAAGACAAAUCUUCACCCUGAGGACUCUCAGUAAACAGGUAAAUAGGCCACCAGUCAAUAUUAUAACUUUUCUCUUUGUCAAGUUAGCGAAAAAAUGAGACCUCUGUGAAGUUAUGAGGCUGACCCAAGUCUUUACCGGCCUUCAGAGUGGUCUCCUUGGGAUGCUGUGCUCUUAUGUCAACAGGGUGGCCAUGGCUUACGUGCUGGUCUGUCUUUGAGAUCACCCCCAGAAACUAUGUAUGAGCUACAGGAGAAAUCAGUCAUAUUCCAAAGACAGUUUCAGGGAAGACCUUCCAAAAAGGAAUCUGAGGACAGCAUCACUGGUGUCCACAGAGAGCCUCCCCUCAGAAAGAGAGUGCUCCUUGUCCUGGCUGUCCUUCGUAAGAGCAGGCAGCAAAUUUCGAGCCCCUCAGCAGAUCAACCCUACACUGGGGAAGUGAGGAGUUAGGAUUUACGAUCUCUGUGUUGUAAAUCUGGUUCUAAAUGCAGGACCUGCAUUUCAGGACUAAUUCAGAAUACCAAAAUGAAGACAAGGGAAGGAUGCGAUGUGAUUUUUAUACCACCAGAAAUGCAGGUGAGUCGUAAAAUCUCAGCUACCUGGCCCUCAAGAAAUAGGAGUUCUCAUUAACAGCAUGGGUCAGCGGACAGACACUCCAUUAAGAAGAUCCAGAUUUUCCAUACUUGAAGCUGCCAGUCUGUCGCUUUUAGGGAAAAAAAUAGUUCAAGACAUUUUGGGGGAACUUUACAAGCAUAUCAUCAGGAUUUAAGCUUCUAGGCACUAGCCAGGGGUGAAAGCUCUUGAACUCUAAUUUCCAUUCGCAGAUAAAUAAAGAAAUAAAAAUCUACUUUGCAGGAAGUUAACUGUCAUAACCCAUACCACCAGCGGGGGGAGGAGGCCGAAUGACACCAGAUGAGCCAGAGACAAAGGGCCCUAGGACUCAGGCAGGGGGUGUGAGACGUCCUGGCAUAGCAGGCUGGAUUUGAGGCAGGUUGUGUGGGUGGACAGAGCAGCCCUGGCUGGGAGGAAGAGGAUGAGGUAGGAGGAGGAGGAGGUCAGGUUCUAAGGACACAGGUCUGGAAAAUGAUGUCAGGGGUCUUGGACUUGGUGAGCAUGACUCCAUUCUCAAGAAGGAUAGAGGAGAAUAAGGAACAGGGAUUCUAGGAAAGCGGGUCCAGGAGAGAACCCACUUUGCAGAAGUGAAGCACAGGUUGGAGCAGGACUAGCAGUCAGACCCAUUUGCUGAGAGGCCUCUGAGCUGCUUGGCCAGGUCCCCUAUCUUACGGGACCUGAGGAGAACGAGGCCCAGAGGCUCUGAUGGGACAGAAGCUGUAGGAGGUUCAGGGAUCUCCCUUGACAAGGCUGGUCUGAACCGGGCAGGGAGCUAAGCUCACCCAAACUCCAACAGAUCAAAGUUCUCUUCUUAGCUUUCAUCGCAUUCUACUCUCAAUGACUUCAGGAAACGCGUGCGCGUGCGUGGGCGCACAGACACACACACGCACACACACGCACAACACAGCCCUUGAACCCAAAGCAAACUAUGCUCUCAGGAAAAUGCAAGUAUCAUUUGCUUAUAGCUGUGAAAGUGCAGCUUUGCUGUUUAUAAAAGUCCUUGAGGUACUGUUGUUGUUUACUUAGCCUAUUUCAUUUUGAAAAAGAAAAAGUACUCAACAGAAUUUUCCAAAUGGGUAAACAUCACUGGAAUUUCUUAUAUAAAGUCCUAACUUGGGGUUGCAAAAUCACUUUUUCCCUUAAUAUCUGACCUGAGUGUUGUAUUAGAUUUCAUAAUUUGAAGAGGCAACCUUCAUGGAAAUUCACAAAUAUGGAUCAGAUCUUCAUGUUUA